AUGGCUUUUUUGACAACUGGAAAAUCAUUCAGCGGAAUAACAAGGUUCGUGCAUAAUUGUCCAACAAAUAAAAUGAUAACACUGAGGAAAUUGAGGUUAUGUGUAAUAAACACGACAAUUCGCCGUAAUAUAAAUGCAAAAAUUAUUGAAAAAUUGGAGAUGGAUGAAGAAGGGAAAGUAAAAGUAAAAAUGGACCCCAGAAUUGAGGAGCUUGAUGAUAAAUUGAUUUAUUGUGACUACAUUGAAAGAAAUAGGCUGAAAUUUGGAUACCAGAAGAACAAGGCAAUUGAGGGUGAGUUUAAAAAACAGAUAGAGACUCAAAAAUUCAAUGAUCUUGCCUACAAACCGGCUUACAGUGUUGCGUUGAAAUAUCUUCGCAAUGACACUGCUAUCGACCAAGUUGAAUCAAAAGAAGACCCUGAUCCCGAGCCAAAAGCAAAAGCCUGGAAACCGAUUUACAUGCCUUACCAACCUACUGAUCAAUUCACGCCGGUGCGGAUGGAGAAGCAGGCAAAGCAAGAAGAGGUCGAACUUCCUCAACUUAAUGAAAGAUUUAAGAAAUUAUACGAGUCGUACUUGGAAGUAAAAGAAGAUGAAAAGUCGACGAGGCAGGUUAAGAAAAUGGAGAACAGAAUAUUUUCUGUAGACACUAACAGGCCGGCUGAUGAUCUCUCAAAUAUUCCUCCAGACUGGAUGAGGGACUACGAGCAAUUUAAUGACUCUAAAAUAGACGACUCCUGGCAGUCUUGCUACGGGACUUCGAAUCCUGGCGUACCGGUCAGCUCGAUUCCUUGCGGAGGUUGCGGUGCUCUGUUGCACUGCCAGGACUCGGCUAUACCUGGUUAUCUUCCUUCGGAGCUGUUCGUCGGUCUGCAGAAUGAAGACCUUAAAAGUACCACUUGCCAAAGAUGUCAUUUUAUGAAGUACUACAACACGACUUUGGAAGUCAAGGUGUCUGCUGAAGAGUACCCUAAAAUUCUAAGGAACAUAAAAUUUCAUGAAAAGAAAGCUGCUGUUAUCUUGAUGGUAGAUCUGAUGGAUUUUCCGUGCAGCAUCUGGCCGAAUUUAACGUCUGUGAUUGGAAAAAACACUCCAUUGUUCCUGGUGGGUACUAAAGUCGACUUAUUACCGCAAGAUUGUCCCAGGUUUUUGCAAAAUGUUGAAAAUGCUCUGGUCCAGGCUGUUGGAGAUAGUGGUAUCAAUACUACCAAGUUAAAAUACGUUGGUUUGAUUUCUGCUAAGACAGGCUACGGUAUUGAGAGACUUAUCACCAAAUUACAAGACUUGUGGGCAUACAGAGGGGAUGUCUAUAUGAUUGGUUGUACCAAUGUUGGUAAAUCGACUUUAUUCAACACUCUUCUACAGUCGGAUUAUUGCAAAGUACAAGCUGUUGACUUGAUCCAGCGAGCCACUGUUUCUCCAUGGCCUGGGACAACAUUGAACCUUCUGAAAUUUCCUAUUCUCAAUCCAGUAAAGUGGCGACUUGCUGAACGAUACGAAGCAGCCAAAGCCUCAGGAAAGUUUGGAAUCGACGAGAACGAUGAGUUUUACAAACACGGACGUUGGUGUUACGAUACUCCUGGUGUUAUUCAUCCAGAUCAAGUUUUAAAUUUAUUGACGACAGAUGAAUUAUUGUUGACUUUACCAAAAGAAAUUAUUUCUCCGCGUAGUUUUAUUUUUAAACCUGGACAAACGUUGUUUUUGGCUGGACUUGGUAGACUUGAUUUAUUAACUGGUCCUCAUUACAUAAGAAUUACCGUAUUUGCUAGUAGAGAAUUACCAAUAACUAUUUGUCAUACUGCCGACGCCUCUGAGCUUUACAAUAAAUUACUCACCACUGAAGCAUUGGCAGUCCCGACUAAUGAUCCAGAGAGAUUAAAAUUAUGGCCAGUGUUUAAGCCCAAAGAAUUUACAGUCCAAGGAAUAGAUAAAGAUGAAUCUGUAGCUGAUAUUCUUUUAUCAAGCGCAGGGUGGAUAUCAAUUACACCUGAUUACGGUCAAGAGGUCACCCUGAAAGCUUGGACACCAGAAGGACGAGGAAUCCACCUGCGAAAGCCAGCGUUGCUCGCGAAAUCAAUAACGCUACGUGGUCCACGCAUUAAAAUGAAUUCAGCUUAUAGAUGCGGCCGCCAAGUUUACGUUAAGGUAUAA